UAUACAGGGGAUACAUGAGUAGCAUAUUGGUUGAGAGAUUUACUAUUUUCCCUAUCAAUUGGGCAGAGGACGAAUCUCCUUUCAGUGCAGACAGACAUCUGCUUGUUAAAACAAGACUCAGGUCUAGUCAAGGCAGACCUGGUCUAACCUGCUGUACAGUGCAAGGAUGCGUUAUGAUGUUAUAUUAAUAUUAAAAAUUAAAACCCUUAAUAUUAAAAACAAGCAUAAUGCAGGUGCUUUGAAGUACAGUAGUAUUUAAGUACAAUGGUCUUGCUAUAGAAGCAAAGUAGUAGCUUGUAGUUUCCGUGUUUGUGAUCCUUUUUCUCCCCUAAAGGUGCUCCUGUGUGGAAUGGAAGAAAUUGAUCUGAAUGACUGGCAGAGGAAUACCAUCUACCAGCGUGAUACCAGAAGCAGCCGACAGAUACUGUGGUUCUGGCAGUUUGUGAAAGAAAUAGAUAACGAGAAGAGAAUGAGACUUCUACAGUUCGUUACUGGAACAUGCAGAUUACCAGUGGGAGGAUUUGCUGAUCUCAUGGGGAGCAACGGACCCCAGAAAUUUUGCACUGAGAAAGUUGGGAAGGAAAACUGGUUACCUAGAAGUCAAACCUGUUUCAAUCACUUGGACCUUCUAGCCUAUAAGAAUUAUGAGCAGCUGAAGGAAAAGCUGUUAUUUGCAAUUGAAGAAACAGAAGGUUUUGGGCAGGAAUAGCUGCAAUUUGCACCUUGAAGAAUGUGAACUCAACAUGUGUCGGAGACGGCAGGAGAAAUGCAAACAACCAUACCUGUCAUUGACAUAUGAUCAUCAAAUCUCGUUUAUUGCUUUGGCUACAUGUACAUUUAUAGUGCAGAUAAUUAGCUCAUACAUAGUGCAAAAGCAGAGCUCAUCAUUGGUUCCCGAUUACAUAUCAUCCCAACUAUCUUUGUAACUUGUAGUUAUCGUCCUGAUAGCUUCUCCCUUGCUGAAUUCCCAAAAUCAUGGCCAACUUCUCACCACCAUCACACAUCCCUUUGUUCUUGUUGUCCUUGCAGAUGGCACAGCUGCUUGGUCAGCUGCACGGUGUCUACGUGACCCUUUACAGCUAGCCAGUUGUCAAUAAGACUCUCCGCACUUCCCCCAUUUUCUUUUUGGAUAACUAAGUUGGCCGAAAAAGCUUGAUUUAACAGCCGACCAAUCAUAUUUUGCAAGCAAUUCAGUUCAUUUGUUCAAUUGGUUCUCUUGCUUUUUAUCCUGCUCCGCAGCUGCUGCUCUGUGAAUCUUGAUCCAUAGCUGCUGCUCUGUAAAAUUCUUCUUGUAGUACAAUUCCAAGCUACUACCUAUAGAAUAACAACACGACUUAUAUUAGUAACUUAACUAUUAUUACUCAAUCAAGGCCUCGAAUGACAAUACUCUAAAAGUGAAAAAAGAGAUUAGUCAAAGACAGCAUAACAACAUUACUGUUAAACCUACUAAAAAGAAUAAACGUUUGCUCUGCAGCCUAAGUUUCUGCAACCUGGAAAUAAAUACGUGAGGGUCCCAUUGUGUUAUUCUGUAACUAGUUAGGAACAGUCUUCAACUUUCAUGUACUCUGAUAUAUUGAUUUUAAUAACCAAUAAAAUUUGUGCAGCAAAUGCUUUUAGGAUGCUCAUAA